AUGGCCAACUUCACCAGCUCAACAUUAAAAACCUUUAGAAAGGAAGAUUCGUUCAUCAUCAACACUAGCAGUCAAAUAAGCGUCUACAACAACCGCGACUGGUUCGACCAACUUGACGAGAACCACGUUAAAUACAUCAAGGCAGGGAUCACUGGCGCCGACGUACGAGGCAUUAGCACGAUCACGCUCCGGCCGACAUUAGCCGGCGCUAGCCCAAUUAGGAAGGAGAUACUGAUCCGGGAAGUACGUUAUAUCCCUGGCUUUCACACUAAUAUCGUCUCCGCCGGCGCGAUGCGCGAAGCCGGCCUGUUUCCAGAUACAGAGCUUAAUGUGGUAAGACGCAAUAGGGAUAUCUUCUAUAACCUUACAUACCAUGAUCGUCUCUAG